GUGUUAAAUUUACACCGAAUUUAAAUUCAAACUACAAGUUCUUUAUGAACAAGUUCGAAAAACUACCAAUUUAAGUCUUGUGCACAUAGCUACGCAAUACAUACAUAACUAUGGCACUACGUGGCUACCUGCGUGAGGGCCUCAAUGCGGCUCUCAUAAUGGGCGCUGGCGAUGCGAUAGCCCAGUUGGUGAUUGAGAAAAAACCGUUUCAAGAUUGGGACAUCGCACGCACGGCGCGUUUUACUACACUCGGCCUGGUGUUCGUUGGACCAGCGCUGCGAAAAUGGUAUGGAACACUGGACACAUUUGUAUCGAAGCAACAGUCUGCUACGCGGCGCGGCCUUAAAAAGAUGAUUAUCGACCAGUCCUGUUUUGCCCCACCAUUUACAUUGGUGCUGUCGUACGUGGUGCCUUGUAUCAAUGGCGAGCAGCACGGCAGGAUUGUGGAUCGCAUCAAGGAGAAUUAUUUGUCGAUUAUGCAAAGGAAUUAUAUGCUUUGGCCGAUGGCGCAAACAAUCAACUUUUCGCUUAUGCCAAUCCAGUAUCAAGUGAUUUUUGCUCAAAUUGUUGCCGUAUUUUGGAAUUGUUACUUGUCCACGAAGCUCAACGAAAGAUAGUUUCUCCAAAUAUAGCAUUUAGGAAAUAGCCUUAUUUAUAAUUGAUUUUUUUUUAACUGAUGAUCGAAUCUACAGGCUAAUCAGAUUUUGCCGAACAAAUCCUUUUGAUUGAUAAAUAAAAAUGUGAAUUGUGCCUUAA